UGCACUUCGGCCAUGAGAAGAUGAGGCAAGAUGGCGACUAAAAUAAGCAAAGAAAGUGCACCUCCUUUUGAUUGUCCAACAUGGGCAGGCAAGCCGCCUCAGGGGCUCCAUCUAGACGUGAUGAAGGGAGACAAACUGAUGGAGAAACUGAUCAUAGAUGAAAAGAAGUACUACUUGUUCGGAAGGAACCCGGACUGGUGUGACUUCACCAUCGACCAUCAGUCAUGCUCACGUGUGCACGCUGCCCUGGUCUACCACAAACACCUGAAAAGGCUCUUUCUCAUAGACCUCAACAGCACCCACGGUACUUUCCUGGGACACAUUCGCCUGGAGGCACACAAGCCUCAGCAAGUACCCAUAGACUCUACAAUAUCUUUUGGGGCCUCAACAAGAACAUAUACCAUCAGAGAGAAACCCCAGACCCAAGGCACAGCCGGCACAGGAGACAGUAAGACGGGAGAGGAUGAGGAGUUAAAAGGACUGCUUGGGCUUCCAGAGGAAGAGACAGAGCUGGAGAACCUGACAGAGUUCAACACAGCUCACAACAAGCGAAUCUCCCUACUGACAAUUGAGGAGGGUAAUCUAGAAAUCCAGAGGCCUAAGAGGAAGCGGAGGAACUCCAGGGUUACUUUCAAUGAGGACGACUCCAUCAUUAACCCAGAGGAUAUAGACCCUUCGGUGGGACGGUUUAGAAACAUGGUGCAGACUGCUGUCAUCCCCAUCAAGAAACGCAGAUCAGAGGGUCACAACACUCUCGGUCUCGAUGACCUGACAUCAAAGCGCAUCCACAGCUACAACUUGGGUGGUGGUCUCUACGGGGACUUGCCUCCCACCAGUCACGAGAACCAGCCCACGGGAGCUCCAGGAAGUGCUUCUAUGCAGGGAGGGCUUCCGCUGCCCUUCCCCAACCCAGCGCCAGAGGUGGACCUGGCCCCAGAGGCUCACCAGCCCCCUGUCACACUCAACCCCACCCCUGUCACAGCCCCCUACCUACCAGAGACACACAACGAGCCACGCAAAAAGAAGUAUGCCAAAGAAGCUUGGCCGGGAAAGAAACCCACCCCUUCACUACUCAUCUAACAGUUCCCCAAAGCUGCUGACUCUUAGGUUACCGGCAGAUACAUCAGGGACUGUGACCUGGCAGAGGUGGAGUCAUUCACAUCUCAAUCUUCUUUUUUUAUUUGUCGUGUUACUCAUUGUCACCACCAAAAGGCACCACACAAUUUCUUUGUGGUCUGUCACAAGAUAUCACCAACUUUGCUAUGUCAGCAGUUGAUAAGUUUGGCAGGAAUACAGCAGAAGCCUGUCGAUUGCAAACACAGUUAACAUGAAUUUACAAGACUUGGCAGUUAGCAUUUGAGCCUCAGAGGUGCAGUUGCCUAUGUUUGUCUGUGAGUGACGAGCUAUAUGGAUAUGGUUAUGUUUUGGAUGUUGAGUUGUAGCUUUUUUUUUUUUUACUAAUCACUUUUUCAACAUUUUUUUCACUCUGUCAGUGUUUU